AUGUUGGGCUCACCACUGACGGCGUUGCUUGAGGAAGAGAACGAGGUGCUACUGGCGCGGUACUGCAUGGCCUCCUUCCUCCCUCCAUUCGGCACCACCUCGCUCCCGCCCGCCCCAGGCCAGGGGCACUUCCGCCCCCGGUGGCUCACCGCGGCCGAGGAGUCCUCCCACCAGGCCGCCAGCGCCCUACUGGACGGACCCGCCGAGGCCCAGGCCGAGGCCGACAGCAGCGACGACGACCAACAACAGCAGAGCCCGCUGCUGGCGCUGCCCGAAGAGCUGCUGUGGCUCGUGUGGGAGCUGAGCCGACCGACCGCGGCCGACCUGUGCCGGUGGAGCCUCGUGUGCCGCCGGUUCGACCGCGUGGCGUGUGGGCACGUGGGCCUGUGGACGCCCCUCCUGCCGCCUGGCGCCGACCUACCGGCCCUCCUCGCCAUCACCUCGAGCGCCGACUGCACCGACCCCGCAGCAGCGGCACCACCGGCCUCGUCGCUCUACCACCACCGCGUCAAUCCCAAGUACCUUCGGCUGUGGCGACGGAUCGAAGCCUGGAUGCGGGACGUUGCCAAGGCCACUUCGUUCGACGACGGAGAGGAAGUGGUCGAACCUGAGAAUGCCGGCGAAGGCCUCGAGGCGAAGCGCAAGCCAGGCGAUGAUGACAAGAAGGCGUGCCCGCGGGCGCUGUUCCGAGACACGUUCGUGUACCUGCGGCGCGAGCCGUUGGAGCCCCUCCCGUCCUUCAAGAUGUUCCUAUGGGACAGAGGACUGCGUCGCGCUCCCGUCAUCAAGUACGUCGUCGUAUGGAACUACUUCCCCUUCAGCGAACCCAACGUCACCGCCGUCGACUCCGAGGUGUUCGGCCUUCCGCCACUGCCGGCUUCGCUCAAGACCAAGCGGGCCAGGAAGAUCUACCUCGGGUCCAACCCAGCGGCCGACCAUCUCCGCACCUCCAUCGACGCCAAGAUGGGAUUCGUGCAGGAGAUCCUGGAUGAGCUGUUCCACUUUGUCGCCGCCAACAUGCACGACAUCUCCUCUGAGCCGAAGCGCUCACCGGCCUCCUCCUGCAUACUCAGCUGA